GAUGAACAGAUUACAACCCUACACAUGUCAAUAGCGCAUGGUUGUCAAAAUAAAGAAAUAUAUUUGAAAGAAGCAUUUUAAAUAAAUUAUAUGAGAUAAAAUUAAGAGCGGCAUACAAAUAAAUUAAAAUGGGCAAAGUCAACAAAAACAUACGCAUGAAAGCCAAGGCGGCAGUGUCGAAGGCGGCUGCUGCCACAAACAAUAUAAAAACAAAAAUUCAAACUGUCGGCAAGAAGGAGGAUACGAUUGUCACAGAGGACAAACUCCUGCUACCGAAGACGCCUACUAAGAAAAAAGCUAUUACCAAACGCGAAAAGGUGCGCCAAAAACACAAAGGUUUAAUGAAUAAAUUCGCAUUGAUAAAAAAGCAACGUAAAGAGGAAGCUGCGCGUAAAAAUCGGGAAAAGACAGCGGUUAUCGGUGACUUAAAACCACUCAAAGAUGCAUUACCCUCGUUAGACGAACUAUUUAAAUUAAGCAAACAACCAGAUAGUAAAACAGGAAUCAAACACAUCGAUGAGCCGACAUCCAAGGAAACCCCAAUAGAUGAUAAGAAAUUGAGUGUUAAACAAAAGUUGAAGAAAAAGAAAGAGAAACUUGUACGACAAGUUAACUCUUACCAGGCAUUACUCAAGGACCCAGAUUUUAAGAAAAAUCCUCGAGAUGCUAUUUCUUAUCAUAUAAAAUACACACGUGGACUUAUAGAUGAAUAAAUUAGACCUAAACAAUAAAUAAAAUGUUUUUUUAAUAAUAUAUUAUACAUAUAUAUGUAUUUAUUUAUAUAUAACGUAAAAAUAUAUGAAUGUUUCAAUAUUAAAUAAUGAGAAAAAUACUAAUUCGUUGAAACUCGCGUUAUUAUUUUAAAGAAUUAAAAAUGUGAGCAUUUACUUAAAUGUUAAUUCGUUGCAACUAACUGAUUUUCAUAAUAUUAAGAUUUUGAACUAACUUUUAAAAACAUAUCAAAAUCUUCAAAUAGAAAAAUUGUUUUAAUAUUUUUUUCUACUAAUCUCAUGUAAUGAUUUUUAUUUGAUUUUUUCUUGAUUCUUACAUGAACCAAGUAAUUAACUAUUACAUUUGGUAAAGAAUAUAUGUUUGUGUUUGGUCUGGUGUAAAUAAAACAAAAUUAAUCCUAUAUUUUUUAUUCACUAAGAUUAUAUUUAUAACUUUUCAUUUGUCAGUUGUUCGAGUAAUAUUAAACAUUUAUACUUAAGUCAAUCAUAUAUCAUAUGACAUUAACUACGCACUGUACUUACACAAUAAUCUGACUUUUCCAUAACGAGCCGCUUAUAAACGCAAUUUUUGAAUACAAUACGCAAUUUAAAAGAACUACACGUUAUGGGUAUCUUUAUACUAAAAUUGCUUAGCUUCAAUAGUAAUAUCAAGCCGAUCAGGUGUUAAUUGGGAACAUAAGCAUCUAUUGUUUAAUAAAUUUAUAAUUUAUAUAGCGUUGCGAUAAAUAUAAAAUUUUGAAAGUGGAUAAUGAAGAUGAAAGGUAUAUAUAUACAUAUGUUUAUAUAAGGUGAAAAAAUACAAUUAUACGAAAAAUUUGGUAGAAAAAUAAUUAUUGAGAAUUAUGUAACUGUUUGACAACUAAAGUUAAAAUAUUUUUUCAUUUAGAUUUGAAUGUAAGACUUUCUCUAAAUGCUACUAAAAUUUAGCUGAAAUAUUAAAUGGAAGGUGUACCAAUCCUGCUAAUAUUAAUGAAUUAGAAUGUCUGAAUUUAAAAUUCGGUUUAAGUAAGUUAGGGUCUAUUCUGCAAUUGAUUUUACACUUAAAUGAGGCUACACAAGUUGCAGAAGUUUAAUGUUUAAAAAUGUUUUAGUAUUCGAUGUAUCAUUUGUCUUUAUAUAGCAUAUCAAGUGGUGUUGGCUCUUACAGUGAUGUGACUUUUAGACACGGUAAUCCUUAUUGAUUUAAUAGAAGCAUUAAAAAGUAAAUUUGUAUGUAAUACAUUUAUUUAUUAAUUUAUAAUGUAAGCGCUGUAGUGUACAAUCUACAGUACAUUUAUCUAUGUAUAUAUGUAGGUAUGUAUGUAAAUGUUAUACGAGACGAAAGUGAGAAUAUCAAUAUUCAUUUCAUGUGUGUGUUUAUGUAUGUAUGAAUUAAUGUUUUAUUUGGUACAUCGACAUAUUUGUUUUGCUAUUUACUUUAUUAAUAGAUUAAUAUUUGCAAUUAUACAUUAUAGGUAUUAUUUCUUAUAUUCUGAUUUUAAUGUUUUAUAUUUUUGUUUUAUGUUUGAGAUCCUUAGAAAUAUAUAAUGUUACCCCAUUUAUGUUUAUAAUUGAAUCAAAUGACAGCGAGAAUUGUGUUUAGUGUAUUUGAAAGUUGUAAGUAUAUUAUGAAUUGUUGAAAAUUAACUAAUGUAUGUAUUUUUCGUAAAGAAUUACAAAAACAUGUGUAGUGUUUGGAAAAAUUUUAAAUUUAAAUUUAAUAUUACACUUUAAAAAUAUUGUAAUACAUUUUUAUAGUGAAAUACAAUUUAAUUGUCAUAUAAGAUGGCUUGUAAAGGCAUAUUGAACGGGAUAUCCGUUGAGACAUUGUACUUCUCAUUUGAUCUUUGAGUUCACGCCAAAUAAAUCCCGUGUAAGCUGCCAAUUUGUUAUGAAGUUUUUUUAGCCAUGUUCGUUAUCAUAUUAACAUUCUUUUAAACGAGUGUUUAAAUGUUGUCCAAUUGUUUUGUAUGUAUGUGUAAAUAUCAACUUCACUUUUUACUUAAAACGUAUUUAUAAUUUUAAUGUAUAGGUUUUUAAAGAAACUAACUUUUAGAUAAGUGUGUUAUACAUGCGUGAAUACGUACAUACUUAUAUAUAUGAAUAUAUAUGUAUGCAGUAUAAAACCAAUAGAUCGAAAGUUUAACACAAAUGGAAACGUGCUUCGCCAAUUCAUAUUAACCCCUAUGCACCGAUGAGUACUUAAAGAAAUUAUUAAGCAUUACAAACGACUUAUGUAUGUAAGUAUAUGUAAAUCAUAACUUAAACUAUGAAUAAUUAUUGAAGUUUUAAUUGAAAAAUAUAUAUAUC